GGAGCGCUCGCCCGCCUUGGUGCCCGCUGAGGCCAUGCCCGGCCCCGGGCUCCCCGUGGGCGCCCGUCUGCCCCUGCUCCUGCUCCUGCUCCUGCCGCCACUGCUGCUGCUCCGGGGCACCCACGCCGGCAACCUGACGGUGGCUGUGGUGCUGCCGCUGGCCAACACCUCGUACCCGUGGUCGUGGGCGCGCGUGGGGCCGGCCGUGGAGCUGGCCCUAACCCGGGUGAAGGCGCGGCCCGACUUGCUGCCCGGCUGGACGGUCCGCACGGUGCUGGGCAGCAGCGAGAACGCGCUGGGCGCCUGCUCGGACACGGCCGCACCCCUGGCCGCCGUGGACCUCAAGUGGGAGCACAACCCCGCGGUGUUCCUGGGCCCGGGCUGCGUGUACGCGGCCGCCCCUGUGGGGCGCUUCACCGCGCACUGGCGGGUGCCGCUGCUGACCGCCGGCGCCGCGGCUCUGGGCUUCGGGAACAAGGACGAGUACGCACUGACUACCCGCUCGGGGCCCAGCCACGCCAAGCUGGGUGACUUUGUGGCGGCGCUGCACCGACGGCUGGGCUGGGAACGCCAGGCGCUCGUGCUCUACGCCUACCGGCCGGGCGACGACCAACCCUGCUUCUUUGUCGUGGAGGGGCUGUACAUGCGGGUCCGCGACCACCUCAACAUCACGGUGGACCACCUGGAGUUCGCCGAGAAUGACCGCGACCGCUACGCCCCGCUGCUGCAGACCGUGCGGAGAAAGAGCAGAGUUAUCUACAUCUGCAGCUCCCCAGAUGCCUUCAGAACCCUGAUGCUCCUAGCCCUGGAAGCUGGCCUGAGUGGGGAGGACUAUGUUUUCUUCCAUCUGGAUCUUUUUGGGCAAAGCCUGCAAGGUGCACACGGCCCUGCUCCCCAAAGGCCCUGGGAGAGAGGGGAUGGUCAGGAUGUCAGUGCCCAUCAGGCCUUUCAGGCUGCCAAGAUCAUUACAUACAAACAGCCGGAUAAUCCUGAGUACCUGGAAUUCCUGAAGCAGCUAAAACACUUGGCCCGUGAGCAGUUCAACUUUACCAUGGAAGAUGGCCUGGUGAACAUCAUCCCAGCAUCCUUUCAUGAUGGGCUCCUCCUCUAUGUCCAGGCAGUGACAGAGACUCUGGCAUAUGGCGGGACUGUCACUGAUGGGGAGGGCAUCGUUCAGAGAAUGUGGAACCAAAGCUUCCAAGGUGUGACAGGAUACCUGAAAAUUGACAGCAACGGAGAUCGGGAGACCGACUUCUCCCUCUGGGAUAUGGAUCCUGAGACUGGCGUCUUCAGGGUUGUACUGAACUACAACGGGACUUCCCAAGAGCUGGUGGCCGUAUCAGGGCGCAAACUGAACUGGCCCCUGGGGUAUCCCCCUCCUGACAUCCCCAAAUGCGGUUUUGACAAUAAGGACCCUGCCUGCAACCAAGACCACUUCUCCACCCUGGAGGUACUUGCUUUGGUGGGCAGCCUCUCCCUGCUCAGCAUUCUGAUUGUCUCUUUCUUCAUAUACAGGAAGCUGCAGCUGGAGAAGGAGCUGGCCUCAGAGCUAUGGCGGGUGCGCUGGGAAGACGUGCAACCCAGUAGCCUUGAGCGGCACCUGAGGAGCGCAGGCAGCCGGCUGACUCUGAGUGGGAGAGGCUCCAAUUAUGGCUCCCUGCUAACCACAGAGGGCCAGUUCCAAGUCUUCGCCAAGACCGCAUAUUACAAGGGCAACCUCGUGGCUGUGAAACGUGUGAACCGUAAACGCAUCGAGCUGACAAGAAACGUCCUGUUUGAACUGAAGCAUAUGCGAGAUGUGCAAAAUGAACACCUGACCAGGUUUGUGGGUGCCUGCACUGACCCCCCCAACAUCUGCAUCCUCACAGAGUACUGUCCCCGUGGGAGUCUGCAGGACAUUCUGGAGAACGAGAGCAUCACCCUGGACUGGAUGUUCCGGUACUCUCUCACCAAUGACAUUGUCAAGGGUAUGCUGUUCCUACACAAUGGGGCCAUUUGCUCCCAUGGGAACCUCAAGUCAUCCAACUGCGUGGUAGAUGGGCGCUUUGUGCUCAAGAUCACUGACUACGGGCUGGAGAGCUUCAGGGACUCGGAUCCAGAGCAAGGACACACCCUCUAUGCCAAAAAGUUGUGGACAGCUCCUGAGCUCCUUCGAAUGGCUUCACCCCCUGCCCGGGGCUCCCAGGCUGGUGACGUGUACAGCUUUGGGAUCAUCCUUCAGGAGAUUGCCCUGAGGAGUGGGGUCUUCCAUGUGGAAGGCUUGGACCUCAGCCCUAAAGAGAUCAUCGAGCGUGUGACUCGGGGUGAGCAGCCCCCCUUCCGGCCCUCCCUGGCCCUGCAGAGUCACCUGGAGGAGCUGGGGCAGCUGAUGCAGCGGUGCUGGGCCGAGGACCCACAGGAGCGGCCGCCCUUCCAGCAGAUCCGUCUGCUGCUGCGCAAGUUGAACAGAGAGAACAGCAGCAACAUCCUGGACAACCUGCUGUCCCGCAUGGAGCAGUACGCCAACAACCUGGAGGAGCUGGUGGAGGAGCGCACGCAGGCCUACCUGGAGGAGAAGCGCAAGGCCGAGGCCCUGCUCUACCAGAUUCUGCCUCACUCCGUGGCUGAGCAGCUGAAGCGUGGGGAAACAGUCCAGGCCGAGGCCUUUGACAGCGUUACCAUCUACUUCAGUGACAUUGUGGGCUUUACAGCCCUGUCAGCAGAGAGCACGCCCAUGCAGGUGGUGACCCUGCUCAAUGACCUGUACACUUGCUUUGAUGCCGUCAUUGACAACUUUGAUGUGUACAAGGUAGAGACGAUCGGCGAUGCCUACAUGGUGGUGUCUGGGCUCCCGGUGAGGAACGGGCGGCUGCACGCCCGCGAGGUGGCCCGCAUGGCUCUGGCGCUGCUGGACGCGGUCCGCUCAUUCCGCAUCCGCCACCGGCCCCAGGAGCAGCUGCGCUUGCGCAUCGGCAUCCACACAGGCCCAGUGUGUGCUGGCGUGGUGGGGCUGAAGAUGCCCCGUUACUGUCUCUUUGGGGACACGGUCAACACGGCCUCACGAAUGGAGUCUAACGGGGAAGCCCUGAAGAUCCAUUUGUCUUCUGAGACCAAGGCUGUCCUGGAAGAGUUUGGUGGUUUUGAACUGGAGCUUCGAGGGGAUGUAGAAAUGAAGGGCAAAGGCAAGGUUCGAACAUACUGGCUCCUGGGGGAGCGGGGGAGUAGCACCCGGGGCUGACCUGCCUCUCCCCCUGGCCCUCCACACCACCCUUUUCCCUGUGCCAGAAGAGAAAGGGAGGUGCCAGGCCUCAGCCUCGCCCACGGCAGCCCCACCAUUGCCAAAGAAUCAGAGAAAUGGCUUGAACAGCUCAGGUGUGCUGACCCCAGUGGCAAUAACAGAUACUGUCUCUGAAAGAAGCCUGGUGUGGGGGAGAACUUGGAGCUCACAGGCCCGGACCAAAGCACACAGUCAUGUACAGUGGCAUACACGUAGGCACACACACCUGCUUUCCACCCUGCUUUGGGCCAGGCUGGGAUGCGAAUUCCUGGAUCCUCCUCCCCAUCUCUGGGCCUGCCUCUCUUAACCUUAAUACACUGUGACUUUUAUGCAGAGGGAGAAGAUCCACCUUAGUAGGAAUACGAGAAGAGACUAUAAGUGAAUGGGGUGGUAGGGUGGAAGUCCACUUCUGGGCCUAGCCCACAUGAGCCGCCAACACCCCUGUUCCCCACCACUCAACACUGGAUUCAGUGGUACAGAGGUGAACAUGGGGCAGCAGAGGGGCUGCGGGACCUGUAUGCAUUGCUUCUACUGUGAGCAGAGACCAUUAAACUUUUUCUCCCAGCAGCCAUGUCCCUUCUUGAGGGACAGAGAGUUGAUGGAAAACACAGCCAUGUUCUCCACUCUUUACUUCAAAUAAGAGAUGCUUCUUAAGUUGGGAAUACAGUGUCUGAAAAAGGCAGUGGUUCACCCUCAAUUUUGAGGAGUCUGUGUAACAGCUUGUAGGGUCGCUAUGAGUCAGAACCAACUCAACGGCACCCAACAAAAACAACAACAGGUAAUAGCCUAUGAAUUACCCAGUGGUGCUGAAACUUUUUGGUCUCAGGACCUGAUUAUCCACCUGAAGGGCCCCCAAAGAGCUUUUGUUUAUGUGGGUCAUAUGUAUUGAUAUUUGCCAUAUUAUAAAUUAAAAAAAUACUCAUUUAUUAAUUCAUUUAAAAUAACAAUAAACCCAUUACAUGUUAAUAAUUUUUACUGCUUUAUCAAGGACAUUCAUAAAAGAAACUUUUUUGUUUGGUUGUUUACUGACAUACUACUGUAUGGUAGUGAUGAAUACAAUGACUACUUUGGUGCCGCUAUUAGCGCAAAUGUCAACCCAGUA